AUGUCCACCGAAGACGCCCGCUAUCGCACUUCUACUCAAUAUCGACACUGGUCCUACACACCCUCCGCACUCCGCUCCUUGCGCGAAAGCACAAAUGCCCUAGCCACAAUACAAGUUCGAGAUGCCGUUCGACGCGCCCGAGAAGCCAGGGCUGCAUCCUCAAAUGAUAACAGUGAAGCGGAGAAUAGCAGGUCGAAUAGCACUGCUUUGCCAGAGGGCGAUGUGGAUUGUUUGACCGUGGAUGAGGAGUUGAAGUUGAUGGACUAUUAUUGUAGGCAGACGCUACAAUUGGGGGAUCAUUUGGGUGUGCCGAUUGAAGUUAAGGCCACCGCAAUCCAAUACAUCCGUCGGUUCUAUAUAAGCCACAGUCUAAUGACAUAUUCUCCCACCACUAUUCUAAAAACCGCCCUCUUCUUCUCUACAAAAACCGAAAAUCACUAUUUCCGCAUCACCAGAUUCGCCAGCGACAUCGGCAAAACCACCACCGAAGAAAUUCUCUCCUCAGAAUUCCUCCUCACCCAAGGAAUCCGCUUCCAAUUCGACAUCCGACACCCCUACCGCGGUCUUGAAGGAGCAAUCAUGGAACUCCUCUCCAUCUCCACCCACAAAAUCCCCGUCCCGCCCGAACUGGAACCGCAACGACCUGCCAACAUGCAAAAACUAGUAUUAGAAAGCCACGGAGUCGCACGCCGAUAUCUCAAAAAUAGCGCUCUACUAUGCGAUGCCUAUUUCCACUACACCCCCUCCCAAAUAAUGCUCGCAUCUCUCUACCUCGCUUCAGCCCCCUUAACAACAUUCUACCUCGCUCUUAAAUCCUACAAUCCCUCCAACCCAGAUACGAACACCGCGACAUCAACAUCAACUCACCAAAAACUCCUCACACUAAUCAAAGACCUCGCUCAAAUUCUAUCCUCGAUCCCGGAAGAACAAACUCCCGAACAGAGACAAGAGAUCCAAGCCUUAGUUAAGAAAUUGAGGAAAUGUCGAAAUCCCGAAAAAGCAGAUUUAGUCGGGCUACAGAGGAUGAAACGAGAAGGAGCAGAUGGAAAAGAAGGAGGCGAAGAAGACGAGAAGGUUAUUAAAAAGAGGAAGAUGGAACGUGAGCAGAGACUAAAAGAGGAGCGCGAUCUAUUUGGAGGGAGCUUGAAAUGA